AUGGAGAAACCAGAUGCAAACGGAUAUGUAAAUAUAACUUGGCCUAGUAAAAACAUUCCUCAUGGCGGCAUCUUUCAUACGCGCGCCAGUGAAUACUCGACUAAUCAGCAAGAGUUUCUAAAAUUGUUGCUAGAGGAGUCAAGGCUGACUGCUGCACAGCGGCGAAAAUCCGAAUACUCUUUACGCCAAAAUGAAAUUAAAGAAACACCUCCAGUAAGGGAAAACGUGAGGUCUUUUCGACCGCGUACGUCUUGUCGUCGUUCACUUUCUGCUAUACGUGCUUCUGGUGUUUUUGAGAUAGAUUCAUAUAAACCGUUAAAUCGUGGCGAAGACCGCGACAAGCUAAAGGAAAGACUUGCAAGCGUCAUGGCUUUCGGGGAACAGGGUCUGCAACCGUCAACACUGCCUCGCCUGGUCAAACAGCCGCCUAAGCUGCCCACAAACAAAGAGAUGUGGCAUGAUCUGGUUACACAAAUUCGCGAACGGGCCGACUGGUUGGCUGAGAUGGAAAUGCUCGGAGAAGCGGAUGCACACCGGGAUAUGAUACAAGACCAAAUAGCUGAGCGCAUGCGGGCGCUCGACGCUUUGGGGAUCGACAGCGAAUGCUCUUCAGCAAGGUCCAAAGCCUCGGGGUUCAGUGUACUGGACACGGGGAGGAGAAGCGUCAGAAGCAGAGACAGCGCUCGUAAGACAGUGUGUUCCAUGCGAUCAAGCUCAUCUCAAGGAAAGAAAACUCUAAAAGAUAUACAACAGAAAAAGGGACUUGAAGAAAAUGUAACGGAAUAUCUUAGGAUUUCACCACUACAAUACACGCCCCGCCGUCGCGUUUAA